UGGAUGGAGGCUGGACUGUGGGUGGAGGACUGAAAUUGGGUCAGCUCCGUUCCUAGACAUCCCCCGUUGACCUAGCCAAAAGCAUUGGAGCGCCCAUCUGUUCUCACCAGGGUCCCUUCCUAGAGUCAUUGUCCCCACAUUCUCCUUAGGGUUCUCCGCCAUUGGAACGCCAGCUACCUUGCAGGGUAGGCACUCCUGGCUGGGAUGGGCCCUGGGGGGACAGCAGAGGGCAGGUGUGGCCAGCUGGAGGACACUGUUGUAGACUCUGGCCUGGUGGGGCCCAUGGGCUGGGCCUACAAAGCAAACGGCAGAGAAGGUGGAGGGCUAGACAGACUGGUAGCCCCCAAGGUAGGGAAGCAGGACGGGAAGGCGCACAGGGGUAGGCCCCACCCUGGGGAAUGUAUGUUGCCCCUCUCACAGCCCUGCUGCUCCCCCGAAAGGUCUCCUUGGCCCCUUGAGUCCCCCUCGACCCAGAGAGCCACCCGCAGGCCAGAUCCAGACCUUGCUUCCUGCAGAUUGGCCGUCUCCCACUGCCCUGGGGGGCCUCAAAGCUGAGGCUGUGGAGCCCAGACACUGGGGCGCACACCCUAGCUGUGGUGGGCAAGGUUUGGAAGGCAUGGGAGUUGAGCAGGGUCUCCUGGGCACAGAUGGCAGGGAGAGUUUCUUCAGGCAGGAGUGGCCAGACAGAUGCUGCAGGGGGGGUGAAGCGUGGGGCAGGUCUGUGGCAGGCAAGCUCCUGGGGGUCUGUGUGCUGGUGGGGCAGCACCCCCAGUGGUACUGGGAGGCCAGGAGCGCAUCCAGCUCUAUAUGGUGCGGCUGAACUUCCAUGCAGGGCUGGGCGGCAGUCCCCAGCUGGCCCCUCCAGCUGUUGGCCCUCUAGGGUCAGUGUGUCCUCUUGGCCGUGCGGCAGGCCCUUUGGGCAUGUGCAGCCCUACUUGUGGUGCUAGUGGGUCCAGGGGUUCAAGGCCCGGUGCCCUCCUGGCCCUGCCAGGUGGGAGUUGCGCCCCUCCCAGGGGAUGAGGAGAGCCAGGACUCAGUUCUGGACACCUGGCCCCACCCACCCUCGCUGGGGCACCUCCCACUCAGCCCCAGAGGCCCAGGCUUAUGGAGCUGCCCGGUCCUGGGCCCGCAGGGCAUGUGUGGCACAGCUCUUUGCCAUUGGGGUCACCUACCUGGUGCCUGCACCCCCCCCUUAACCCCCAGCACAUACGUGUAUGGACGCACGUGCUCACAGGGCAGAAACCGCCACCAUGUUGGAUCUGCAUGUGCCUGGCGUCCCUGCAGGGAAUACAUGCAUCACAUAGUUGUGGAUGCUCCCAGACACACACGCGUGUGCACAAAAACACCAGCACGCGUGACAAACGCAGACGCACACGUAUGAAGGCACAUCCGAUCCUCGGGGCACAGACACAUCCCCCAGGGGGAAGGGAUGUGUGCUGGGUGGCCGCCAACCGUGAGCUCAGCCUCCCGCUCCCCCAGGGCUGGAGAGCAGGUGUCUGCUCUGCUUGAGGCCCCCAGGGGUGGGCACGGCAGCCUCACCUGACACAGCCCCCGCCCCUCCCCUCCACAUCGGCCUGGCCGGCAUCACUGCAGGAGUGGGCGGGCAGGCAGGCGGAUGCUGGUGAGGCAUGCAGGUGAGCAGGAACCCAGGUGUCCCCACCCUGCACCACCGUGGAGCCCCAGUGCUCAGCUGCAGGGGCUGACACACUCAGUGGACUGGGGUCACUGCAGGGGACUGCAGCUCCUGGCACCGGCCUGCACCCCCACACACACAUCGGACGGCCACCGCGGGGUGCAGGAGCAACCUCCCUCUACAGCAGAUGGUCUCCAUGCUCAGCUAGUCCUGCACCCACCGCCCAUGACCCCACACCUUUCUGCCAGGACAGCCUUGGGCCCCAGAGCAGGUGCCCAGAUGAGCCCAGGCCUCGCCCUCCUCAUGUGGCUCACUGCCCACUGCUCUUGUCUCCGGGCCCAGGGUUUCUCCCAGGGAGGGCUGGAUGACAGCAGGGCUGACCUGUGGGCCAGUGCCGACACCUCCCUCCUGCACGACUUCUGGUGCCAGCCGGCGAGCCAGCUGCCCCGGGACCAGCUUUCCGCUCUCAUCCGGGGGAUGGCCACCCAGCAGGUCCCCCUCAGAGCCUGGCAGCUCAGCUGCCUGGCCAACCUGGCCGCUCGGCAUGGCCUCCAGGACGACUUUGAGCUGCACCCUCCCAACCUGUUGCUGUUCUACAACCUGACGCAGGUAAGGGAAGCCGAUUGCUGGGCCUUCACCCGCCGCGCCGCUCAGGGGGACAUGGAGCUGCUCGCCAACCUGCCAGACCAGAGGGUCGCCCUGCGGCACGCAGCCUUGGCCUGCCUGGGAGCGCCCCACCCGUGGCUCAGCGCCUCUGACCUGCUGCUCCUUGGGGUCCUGCUGUGCGACAUGGAUGCGUCCCGCAUCGAGGCCGCAGACCCGCGUGUGUUGGAGAACCUGCAGCGCUGCCGCCGGCUGACGGCCACCCAGCAAGCCACCCUCAACAUGCUGCUGGCCGGCGGCAAGACCGUGCUGGGUCCUCCUGGUUCCUGGAACCUAGAGGGGCUGCAGACCCUGGGAUCCCUGGCCACCUACAUCAGCUCCAGCCUGUGGAUGCAGGUGCAGGAGGCUGUGGGCCUGGCCUUCUUCAGCAGCACAGUGGCCACGUACCAAGCUGGGCGGCUCAGCCAGCGUGAUGCCAGGCGCUUCGUCACUGGCUUUCUCAAAGCCAAGGCCGCGUCAGUGUCCUCUCGGCCCAAGCGGGGCACAGGGAGACCCUGCAUCCACGGGGACAUCACAGCGGCCACGCUCCAUGACCACCUCUUCCUAGUGCACUAUGACUGUGUGCAGCUCGAGUCCUGCCUGGGCAGCCGCGUGCUCAAAGCCAACCUGGACCCCCUUCUGCAGCACCCACUGCCAGUCGAGUGCCAACGUGUCGUCAAGGCCAAGCUGGCUCAGGUCUACCCACAUGGCGUCCCCGAGGACCAGCUGCGGCUCAUCACCUCUCUGGUCUACCUCUACUCCCGCUCGGAGAUCGGCCAGUGGAACAUCACGUCCAGGGACACGGUCGUGGCCCUGUUGGCCUCGGACGGGGCCCUGGAGAACCAGACCGAGGCUGUCCUACAGAAGUACCUGGACCACAACGGCACCAUCACCAGCACCCUGCUCAUGGCCAUCGGGGGCUCCCGCCUCUGCUGGAUGAGUGCCAGGCAGGUCCAGGCCAUCAGGCCCACAGAGUUCCGGCAGGCCGGGGCCCUGGAUAUCUCCUCCUGCCCCCAGAGCCGGAAGGACGCACUCUACACCAAGGCCCGCGAGGCCUUUGGCAGCACCAGGAACACAGCUAACUACUACCGCCUUAUGCGUCCUUACCUCGGAGGUGCCCCCGUGGAGGAGCUGCGGUACCUGGUCCAGGCUAACGUCUCCAUGGAUAUCGAUACCUUCACCAACCUGAACCCCCGAGUGCUGCAGAGCCUGAGUGUCGGCAAUGUGACCACACUGCUGGGCCAGAACGUGGGGGACCUGCAGAAGGCACGCAGCCACCCGACCAUCAGCUCCUGGCUCCGCAGCCUGAAUACGUCGGUCCUAGGAGAGCUGGGCCUGGACAGGGACACUGCCGGCCCCACCAGCCUGGCCCGCUCCACCACUGGGGCCCCCAACACGACACCUUGGGUGCCCCAUCUGGCCCCCACCUCGGGCCAGCCGGGGAACAAGGCCCCCACUUCUGGCAGUCCACCGGCCCACCUGAGGUACCUGCCACUCGCUGUGGCCCUGCCCUCCGGCCUCCUGGGGCUGCUGUAUUGGGGUACCCCAGGGCCCAGCCAGGACUGCUUCUGGGGCGCCUGCACCAAGGCCUCCAAAGGCGGCACCAGCCCCGCCCCACAUGCAGGGAAACUGGGGCUGGAAGGUGGAGCCAGACACCUGCCCAGGCCCAGGGGCAGGCUCCAGGCCCAGAGGACCUGGCCAUGUCCCACAUCCUAGGGGCCUGUGGGGCUGGUCCCUUCACAUCCAGCUCCCAGGACAUGGAGCUGGAAUGAGGACCUGGGCCCACCCCGCGGCCAGCCAGGAACAGUUGACCAAGUUGCUGCCCCAAUCCUCUGGCCUCCCUCAGGAUGAAGAACUGGUACUGGGGAGGGGGCUUUGCUGAUGGAUUUGAAUAAAAGAC